GCGUCAACUGCUUACACCCAAUGCUCAGCUCCACCUGAAUGGAAAGUGACUCUGUUGCUCUUUCCUGAACCAGCUCAACGGUCAGUGAAAACUUAAAUAUCUGUCUGUCUGUGUUCAGACAGAGAACUUUAAAGGCUUCAGACGGUGAGGAACCUCAGCAGAACAACCAUCCAGAAUGAACCCCAGGCUAACCAGGAGCCAGCAGAAAACAGUCUGUGCCCAGCUGGGAAAUGUCAAACUACAGCUGCUGUACAAGGCCAGCAUCCAUGGCUUCACCGGAGCAGCCUUCCACCAACGAUGUGACAACUGCUGCCCCACAGUGUCUGUGGGCUACAACGCCGCUGGUUAUGUGUUUGGAGGUUUCACCAAACAACCUUUCACUCGGUCUGGACAGUACGUGCACGAUGACCAGGCCUUUCUUUUCACUCUCAGUGGAGAAAGCCUCCUCAAAUACCCCGCCACUAGUCCAGGUUAUGCAGUGAAAAUGAUGAGUAACACUGGUCCAUAUUUUGGGGAGGCGUUGGUUCUUGUCAAUGGAAACCAAGCAGCAGUCUACAGCAGUCCAGGAAACUACUACAACUUCAGUGCUGCAGAGAUGCAUGGCAACGACCUCACACUGACUGAGUGUGAAGUCUAUCAAGUGGAGGUGAUCCCAGAGUACGAGAAGCCGUGGAGGCCGGUGGUCUGGGAAAAUGAGCAGAGGAUGGAGCUGAUGGAGAGCAUUAAGAGCUACAAACCCACAGUCAGCUCAGUGUCCCAGGUUCGGGUCCUGCUCAUUGGACAAGUUGGAGCUGGAAAGUCCAGCUUCUUCAAUUCCAUCAGCUCUGUAUUCAGAGGCCACGUCACCAACCAGGCCAUCGCUGGCUGCUCGACCACCAGCCUCACCACGCGGUUUCGCACCUACUCCGUUAAAGUUGGACGAGGAGGAAAACCUCUGCCGAUCAUCUUGUGUGAUACCAUGGGACUGGAGGAAAGCACGGGGGCGGGGCUUGACGUGGAUGAUCUCGUCAGCAUCCUCAAAGGUCACCUGCCGGACCGUUAUCAGUUCAACCCCUCUGCUCCUCUGCAUUCGGAGGCCCAAGGCUAUCACAAGUCUCCUGGCCUCAAGGACCAGAUCCACUGUGUGGCCUAUGUUGUUGAUGCCUGCAAGGUCUCCAUCAUGCCCACAAAGCUGGAAGGAAAGUUGGAAGCUAUCCGCAGAAAGGUCAACCUAAUAGGGAUUCCUCAGCUGGUCCUGAUGACUAAAGUGGAUGAAGCCUGUCCUUUUGUUUCCCAGGACGUCAGGAACGUUUAUAGGAGCUGCUACAUCAAGGAACUGAUGCAGGAGGUCAGUGGUCGGAUCGGUGUGCCGAUGUCCUGUGUCGUUCCGGUGAAGAACUACAGCCAGGAGUUAGAUUUGGACCUGAACUGCGACGUCCUGCUGCUCAGCGCCGUCAUCCAGAUGCUCCGCUUGGCUGAUGACUACUUCGAUGAGAUCACUGACCAAUUGUUAGUUGAGGGUCACUAAUGGCCAACUGACAGAAAAUUUCGAUAACCAGAACCGAUUGUUGUUAACACUGAACAGAUGCUUGAAUGAGGAAGUCUUCAAGGAACUGGUCGAUUUUGUCAUUUGCAUUGCAUGAGUCGAGCAACUUGUCUUGCUUUGUUCUGUCACUGUAUAAGGUGAACUCUGAAAGCGUGACAAAGAAUGCUAUGCACUGGUCAGCGUGUCAACAGUCACAUACCACUGUGUUGUAUGAUAGAAAUGAGUAAGCAAUGUGAUUAAAAAAAAAUGUUAGGUUAGAAAAGCAAAGUUUCUAAUUAUGCUCGUAUUCAGCUGUUUCUCAGUGGUGGAAGAAGUGUUCAGAUCCUGAAGUGCUAAUACUCACACUGAAAAUACUGCAAAAUACUGCAUUGAAAGCAAAAGAAUUUGAGUAUAAUUGGAAAAUUGUACUUAAAGUAUUAAAAGUACUCAAUGCAGAAAAAUGCCUGCUGUGACUGUUAUCCUGUUAUAUCAUUUAAUUCUUAUUACACUUGCAAUGAAAAAUGAUUAAAUCUAAUUUAAACAACUAAUUUUGGCAACAAAUUUUCUGUCAUUCAACUCAAAUCAUCAAUGAUCAAUCAAAUACUCAUUUCAGCUGUACUUAUAUAUAUUAUAUACUGUUGAGUAACCUAAUUCAUUACAAAGUUAUAUGUAUGUUUUGUGUGAACAAAUCUUACUGCAAUGUAACGAGGAACGAAAGCUGUCAGAUAAAUGUAGUGAAGGGAAAAGUACAAUGUUUCCCUCUGAAAUGUGGGCAGUGGCAUGAAAAAAACUCAAGUAAAAGUACAUGUACUACUUUUUUUCUUAAGUACUUGAGUAAAACAUACUUUGUUACAUUCCAUCACUGCCUUUUCUUCAUGUGUUCUUUACUGGUACACAAGACACACCAGAGAAGAAGAGUUCACACAGGAGCUGAAGCCUUGAGGCUGGAAUCGGAUCAGUUUAAACACUAAUAAAACCGGGUACAGAUUGCACCGCCACAUUUUCAGUUACGUUAGUUUUCUCUAACAAUUUCUCUAAUCAAACAUUGCCUUUUACAUUCCUCCAUGAUUCCUGGUAUCCUCUGUAUGUGCUCCACAGACACCAACAAACCUUCACAAAGUCACAUUUAUCAUGUUGCACAUUAUGCAUAUUCAGCCUGUGCUUAUAGUUGUGGCAGUGACAAUAGAUUCAUGCAGAAUUUGACAACUUUUUAAAUGUUUAAGAGAAUUGAAUGUGUGGGUUCCCAUGUCGAUCCUUUCUUAUUCCUAAAAUGUGUGACACCACGUAGUGUUCAGCUGUUCAAUAAAAGCU